UACAAGGCCUUCAACACAACAAAGACCUUCAGCGAUGCGGCCGCGGCCUGUGGUAAAGACGGCGGCACCCUCGCCAUGCCCCGAGACGCUGAGACCGACGCCUUCCUGAUCUCCUUGUACAAGUCCGUAAGCGACAGGGGGAAAUUCUGGUGGUUCGGCCUGCACGAUCAGCGCGAAGAGGGAAGCUUUGAGUGGGUGGAUGGUUCUGCACUUGGGACCUACAGCCCCUGGGCUUCGGAACAACCAGACAACUAUGGGGGAAGCGAAGACUGCGUUCAUUAUUCCUCAUACUGGACAACAAAAGAAAAGUGGAACGACGCCAGUUGCACCUCGGUGUUUUACUUCAUAUGCCAGGCUGUUCCAGGACGUCCGAAGGCGACAGGCGGAACUCUCACCACCACUGUACAGCGGCUCUCCGACCAUCCGCAGUAAAACUGACCAGCAGAACGUGAAACCUGGAAUUGUAGCAACAGAGAGAAUCAGAACAUGGAGUAGAAAUCAACAAAAGAAAUAGUGAAUGUGCACCAAAGCAAUGGAUCACUUAUUGUACAAUAGUAGACGGGCAUUAGUUUUCACAUAUGUAAAGGAUGUCUUCGCAUAAACCAGGAGUUCUUUUACACGAAACACGCUCUAGAAAGGGAAAAGCUUCUGGUUUGCCUGUUUCUUUCGCAUCUCGUACAAAAUGCUAAACAGACAGUACAAAGAAAAUGUAAGCAUAACUUGACUAAUAGUAAUAAUACGUAAACUCCGCUGUUUCACAACAGGCAAACUUCCUUUUGUUGUAGUAGAAAUCAAAAGCAGAAGUGGCCGCUUGUAUUUAUUAUUGGAGGAUCCUUUGUAACAAGCCUGAACCAAGUUAUAGAGUUUUCUGAAUACGUUUAAGAAAUUGUCGAGUCGAAAACUAACAGAAGAAAUAGUGAAUGGGCAUCUAGUUGUUCUCCAAAGUCUGUAGACUGUGGCUCAUUUGAGCCUGGAAUACUGAAGAAGCCACAUUGAUUAAACCGGUUUGUGUAACACAAUGAAUAA